UCCGCCAGGUGGCUCUGUCAGGGCUAGUUCACUCGCCAGUGCACCCAAGGCUGCCACACGCCUUGGAGUAUCAUGUUUUGUCUAAAUAUUGGCCUUUAGUAAACCAGCCAUGGUAGAUUAGUGGCAAGUGAGCCAAACAAGAUGUAAAAAUGUGUAAAUACCUUUUGUUGUAUAUAUUGAGGUAUUCUGUAAGGAACUAUUUAGGUUGUAAGUGCACAGUUAAAGUGGACUGCUUGUGUGAAGUAGUGCAAGGAGAUGGGUUGUUGGUGCAAUCUAGAUGAAAAUAGAUUGAAGGACCUACUUUGUGUUUACAAUAGAAAAUUUAAAUAGUGUGUGUGUGUGAAGUUAAAGUGGUUAAAGAGGUGACACACAAUGUUGUACUAUAUGAAGAUGGCAAUUACAUACCCAGUGAAAAACAAAAUAUUAUUAAGGGACUACUCGGACUCUUUGUCCUGAAGCUGUAAAGAUGGAUUACAGCCGCUACAUAGUGCAGGUGUUCGUCGGGGCAUUGUCGCCUCACUAUGAAGCUCUCUCCAUUGAGGUCAGCAAGCAGACCACGUCACAAGAAAUCACCAUCUGUAUCGUGGAGAGGCUUGGGCUUCCCAAUCCCCAGCACUAUGAGCUGGCAGAAGUUAUCGGUAAUUCUCACGGGCAAGAGUGUAAGGAGAGGAGGCUGGGGCCAAUGGAGAAUCCGGUGGCUUUACAGAUGCUUUGGCCCCAGUCCCCCGUUACAGAAAAUACUGAUGAGAAUGACCAACAUGAGUACAGAUUUUGCCUGAGGGAGAAAAUUUCUUCAGACUCUUUGUGGGCAGAACCCAGUCAACUCGACUCACAGCUAAUCCGUGAUUAUUUUUAUAAGUUCUUGUACCAACCCAAAGACAAAGAAUAUCCUGAUCUCUGUCAGCUACCCAACCUGACUGAACAGACACUCCUUGAAAAUCUGCGAGCGAGGUUCCAAAGAGGUUAUAUCUAUACGUAUGUUGGGUCCAUCCUCAUAUCUGUCAACCCUUUCAAGUACUACCCCAUAUACAAUCCCAAAUAUGUCAAGUUGUAUCAGAAUCAUAGACUUGGAGAACUCCCUCCUCACAUUUUUGCUAUUGCUGAUGCAGCCUAUCACUCCAUGCUGAAACAAAAACGUAAUCAGUGCAUUGUCAUCAGUGGGGAAAGUGGAAGUGGAAAAACUGAAUCGACGCUCUUCCUUCUCCAUCAUCUUACCAUGCUGAGCCAAAAAGGUUCUCAUGGAAGUGGAGUGGAACAGACCAUCUUAAGUUCAGGACCUGUUUUAGAGGCCUUUGGAAAUGCCAAGACAGCCCACAACAAUAACUCAAGUAGAUUUGGUAAAUUCAUUCAAGUCACCUAUAAAGAAAAUGGUCUUGUUCAAGGAGCAUGUGUUCAGAAGUACCUGCUAGAGAAGUCAAGGAUCUGCUCUCAGGCUUACAAUGAACGCAGUUAUCAUGUGUUCUAUUAUCUCCUUGCUGGAGCGUCUCCCCAAGUACGGCAAGCCCUUCACCUCUUAAAACCCUCAGACUACCGCUACCUCAACCAGAGCAAGUGCUAUACCAUUGAGGGCUGUGAUGAGCAAUUUGAAUUUGUGAGACUGAAGCAGUCCAUGGAGAUGGUGGGGUUCACGGUUGACAAACAGCAUCGUCUCUUUGCUGUCCUCUCUGCUGUCCUUCUUCUAGGUAACAUAGAAUUUCAGCCAAAGAAGUCCACCUACCAUCAUGAUGAAUCAGUGUUGGUACGAAACCCUGAGCAAGUUGGUGUUAUAUCUGCACUGUUGGGAGUAUCAGAAGACACACUCAUGAAUGCUCUCACGUCAAAGAAGGCUCGUGUUCAAGGGGAGAUUCUAGUCAUGCACUAUCGCCUGCCUGAGGCUGUUGCAGCCCGUGAUGCCUUGGCCAAGUGCUUGUAUGGGGCAUUAUUUGACUGGAUUGUCCUGCAGGUGAACUACUCUCUUAUUACCCUGAAGGAAUCAGCCAGUGACUGUGGAGGCAACUCAAUUGGUGUGCUGGACAUAUUUGGAUUUGAAGAUUUUGGUCACAGCAACAGGUUCGAGCAGUUCUGUAUCAAUUAUGCUAAUGAGCACCUGCAGCACUACUUCAACCAACAUGUUUUUGAAUAUGAACAGGAAGAAUAUCAGCGUGAAAAUAUCACCUGGACCAAUAUAGAAUUCCAAGAUAAUGUUGAUUGUUUAGCGCUGAUUGAGGGGAGGCCUGCUGGUUUGCUCUGUGUUCUAGAUGAUCAGUGCAGUUUUCCUGCCGUCACCAACGAGACUUUCCUACAGAAGAUCAACACAGUCCACAAGGAUAAUAAAUACUAUGAAAUACCUCAUAAAAGAGAAUCAGCCUUCAUCAUUAAACACUAUGCUGGCAAAGUCAAGUACCAGGUAAAUGACUUCAGAGAAAAGAACCUGGAUCUUAUGCGGCCCGAGUUGAUAUGUGUAUUGAAGAACAGUCGGUAUAGUAUUGUGAGAGAGGUGGCUGGAGCGGACCCUGUUGCUGUGUUUCGUUGGUCUAUUUUAAGGGCAUUCUUCCGUGCUGUUAGUGCGUUCCAUGGAGCAGCAAUCAAGUAUACUAAACGAAAAGGGCAUGAAGACCAAAGGAAAACACCAAAGCAGAAAAUCCAUAUAGAUAAUUCAAGAAUUCUUGCAGCCAUUGAGAACACUCAAAUUCGCUUACGGAAAACCCGGCACAGUCGGUCUCGUUCACGUUGCCACGGCCCUCGGCACCAGAAGAACCUCAAGACAGUGAAGGCGCUGGCCCAGAGGACUCAAUCACUCACACUACAGGGUCGACUACCUGGAUCGCGUAAGCCGCCACACACAGUUACAGGACAGUUCCACCUGUCUCUCCAGACACUCAUGGAAGCUCUCAACACUGCCAACCCAUUUUUCAUUAGAUGCAUCAAGAGUAAUGCAAACAAGGAACCAAAUGUCUUUGGAGAUGAAAUGGUAAUGCGGCAACUGAGAUAUACAGGCAUGUUGGAAACUGUUCGGAUAAGACAGGCUGGCUUCAAUGUUCGACUCUCCUACGAAGAAUUCAUACAUCAUUACAGAAUACUCCUACCCAAGGGUUUAUUAAGUUCACAGGCAGAUGUACGAUCGUUCCUGCAGGGAAUGCAGUUGAUUGAAACUGAAUACCAGAUGGGGAACACAAAAAUCUUCAUGCGAGAAUCACAGAAACAGAAACUGGACUCACAACUCCACCAGACUAUUUUGUCCCGUAUUAUUGUCAUCCAACGAUGGUACCGGACCAUCCACCAACGCCGACACUUUUUAACAUUCAGAGCGGCUGUUGUCAGGAUUCAGUGUAAGGCUCGAUGUUGGAUUGCACAGCAGCUGUUAGCCAAAAUGCGUAUAAAACACAAUGCUGCAACAUUUAUCCAGAAAAUGUGGCGUGGACACCGUGUACGAAAGUGGUAUCAGAAUUUCCGCAGAGCUCUUAUAAUAUUCCAGUCUUGUGUCCGAGGAGAGCAGUCUCGUCAGAGGUACCAAGUGCUGCUCGAGGAAUGGAAAAGACAGAAGAGCAGAGGCGAGAUAAAAAAACUAAGAGAAGAGGAAGAAACAUCAAUCACCUCAAUAACUACUGCUGGCUCCACUAUCUCAGUAACUGUGGAAAUUAUUGAGCCAGCCCAGCCCCCUCCCAGAAGAAAAUUAAAUGUCCAGAAUGCUCAGGGCCAUAAGCUUCACAGAAGACAAAGUGAGCAAAUACUUAGUGAGAGAAGAACAUCAGAGGAGCCACAGUUACUUAUUCAGAAUUUGGGUAGACGGAUGAGUGAAACAAACGUGCCAUUAAGGAGGUCAUCUCAUGGGAGCACAAUCAUUCAGGUACAUGCUAGACAGAGUGAUGAGAGCCAGGGUAUGCCAUCUCCUCCAGCUUCACCAGGUAUAGUAGAAGAAGAUAAACCAGUACAUAAACCUAGAUCCUUCAGACACCGUCAGUACAACAAAGUUCCUCUCGCCAAUCAGACUGCAGCUACUCCAUCAGCUUCUGCCGAGAGUUUGAGCUCCAACCAGCUGGAGAGAAAACACAGCAGUGGGGGUGAGGAUGACAGUGCCAAGCUGCAGCACCAACAACCUUCUCCUGCAGAUUCUCAUAGCAUGCUCAAGUUUUCUAGACAGUUUAAAAAACCUUUCAAGAAGAAAAUGGGAAAACGAGAAGGUAGUUUAAGUGAGAGUGAGGACGCUAUGUCCCAUGAGUCACAACCCCAAACUCCAACCAGCCCAGGGGACUACCAACCCAACUUCUCUGCAGAUCUAGGGCCAGAUACUAACACAGUAGUAAUAAAAGGAAGAAAUGCUGGCAGCAGUGGUGGCCACCAGAGGGCCUCUGUGUGGGAACUGAGUGAAUCUGAUGAACCACCAAGAGCUAAAGAACCUCUAAAGCCUUCUUCCAGCCUCCCUGAUGUGGUACAAGGAUUCUAUAUCACGGAACCAACUGGGGACCAGGGUACAGCAUCGACAUCACUGACAGCUGUAUGUGGCGAAGCAGAAAUUUUAAAGGAUUUAUUAGCCCAGUCUCCUCACCCCCUGAAGCAGUCCACUUUGUUGAAGAAAGAAGUGUGUUAUGCCUGUGAUAAAGCCUUUACUGGCUUUUUCAUAAACACUGGAUAUAAAUGUAUAAGUUGUAAGAAAAUCUUCCACUCACGCUGUGUAAAAGCUUCUCUCCAUGUUGCCUGCCACGAUGUCUCACAUUUUGGUAAAGAGAAUUCCAGUCCAAUGAACAAGAAGCCACGACGCAUUGAUCAGGAGGACAACUGGAACCUCACUAGAACAUCUGAAUUCAUUGACAAAUCUGAUGAAGUGAUUAAAGAUGCAUUUGAACUUAGACGGCUGGAGGAAUACAUCAGACGCAAGUUGUAUGACCUGGAGGAAAAGGAGAGCGAGAAGAUGGACGCCCGUACCCAGAGCCUCGACCGCAGCUUCUCCCGAGACACAACAAACAAGGAUUCUGAAGCGAGCGCACGUUUACGAGACAGAAAAGAUUCGCAAGUAGACCAGAUGUUUUGUCAGUCAUUACGUGAAUUCAAAAACAAUCUGGUCUCCACGUACACUGUGGCAUUCCAAAAAGAAACGGCAGACAUCGCUCUCAAGUACAAGGACCUUAUCAAGAAUUUUGAACAGGUGAUGAACACAGUAUGCAAGGAGAAGAUGGGUAACGACACUUUCCCAGUCACAAUGGGUGUCAACGCAUUUCGAGGUUUCUUGGACGAAUUCAUACGAGAGAAAAAGAAACCACUUGAAGAGAAAUCUAGAAGAAAAAGACACAGGCGUAAAAAGAAAAGGAUAGAGGAGUUGGUUUAUGGAGGACACAUCUUCUCCCAAAUCAUGGUGAACAUUCCUACCCAGUGUGAAGUGUGUAACUCCUUCCUGUGGCUCUCUAUGAAAGCCCUUACCUGCCAAAGAUGUAAAGUUACAUGUCACCAGAAGUGUUACAAGAGAGCGGACUCUAAAUGUAGCCACGAAGGUCCCAAGCCUGUAGUCGUGGACAACAAUACUCCUCCAACGAGAAAUCGGGUUCUUGGCGUCCCAUUAGAAAACUUAGUCAGGCCGGGUGAGAAAAUUCCCUCGGUGAUAGAUCGUCUCAUUACCAGCAUUGAGCUUUAUGGGUUAUACACUGAGGGCCUUUAUCGCAAGUCAGGGGCACAAACCAAAGUACGAGCACUGAAGGCCCACAUGGAGCGUGACCCAGAUAAUAUAGACUUCACUGACACACCAAUCCACGUCCUGGCCACCAUACUCAAGUCGUUCUUCCGGGAACUGCCGGAGCCACUUCUCACCUUUGAAUGCUAUGACUCGCUACUCCAUGCUACAGACUUGCAAGAUCCAGAUGAUCAGCUUCAGACUAUUUUUAAUAUAAUUAAGGGAAUACCAAAAUUAAAUUAUGACUUACUGGAAAGAUUAAUCUUUCACAUGGUGAGAGUGGUACAGCACGAGGAACAUAAUCGCAUGAAUUCUAAUGCCCUGGCAAUUGUGUUUGCACCGUGCAUACUGCGUAGUCAGAGAUCACAGACGGUCCAGGAUUCUCUCAAUGAUAUUGCCAAACAAACGUCGGUUGUAGAAACAAUAGUAACAAGACAGCUGAGACAAGUGAGAAUGACCCUUCAUGACAUAGAUAGUGUUGACAGUGCUACAGCAUCAGCAGGAAUGCGUCUCGAUUCUAUUCGUUCCUUGAAGCCACACACUCAUCGUACCAGUGCCCUACACACUGAUGUUGCAGUGUCAACAUUACCACGUCCAUCCUGUACUACAGUGAGAACUGCAAUAUCUGAUACCAGCGAGUAUGACCUGGAAGAAAAGUUGGAAAAUCUCCGUGACACUCGAAUGCGCUUAGAGUUUCAAUUACCAGUCUUGGUAAGAGUCGGCUCAGAGGAAGAUUUACUCUCCACGGAUAUGUCUCGAGCUGGUUCCUUAGAGGACAUUCCUGGAACACCCACUACUUCUGGUAUUUUCAGUGGAGGAUCCAGAGAAAGCACUUUUGGUGAAGAAUCAGAUGCACCUUCCUUAUCAGGUGACAGCACAAGCAGACAAAAGAGAAGAACUACUUCAUGGAAACGAGAUAAGAGUGAUGAAGACGGGAGCGUAACUUCACGAUUACACCAGGACUAUAGUGAUGAUGCUGUGAUGGUGUAGCUUGAGGAUGAUCGCUGACAAGAUCUGUAACACUCGGGCCGUGCUGAACACUAAUGUGGUUUUAAUUUCAUCAUUUGGAAAGAUGGCUUUUUGGAAAUAUUGAAAUAUAAUCGAACAAAUCUGUAAUUGUUUAUUUUUUAUCUAAUAAUUAUGCCUGAAAUUUGCUACAGAAAAAUCCAUUCAUAACUAAAGAUAUACAGUAUUGACCUUUAUUUUUGUGUAAAGAAAGAGGUGUUAGUGUGAAUGAGACUGAUGUGCUUAGAACUGUUUUGUUUGUGAAGCAAAAAAUUUGUACAUCAAUUUUUGUUGUUUAUUGCUCUAAAUGCUUUAAGGUGAACUAUUCUUGUCAAGAGAUGUGUUUUUUAUGUCUGUAUUCUAUGUUAAAUUGAGAAGUUACCUUUGUAAAUCAUCGAUUGUUUUUAUUUUGGAAUUGUGUUUAUUUGAUGACCAACAACUGUAAAUAUUUUGUCAACACUUUUCAGUUUACACACAUACACAUUCUUGAAUAUUAGGGAUCCAUUAUUAUUAUUUUUUUUUUGGGGGGGGGGGGGAUAACCAAUUUAACAAAGUAUUUUCAAAUUCAUAAUUCCCUGACCCAACUGAUGGUGUGGCAACUCCUGCAGUACAGAAUGAAGCCACAUGUUCUUACAUAUUUUCUGGGUCCCAGCUAGUGCUGGGUGCACCAUCAGUGUAGAACAGCACAGCCUGCACUAUCUCUACUGGUAGAAAAAACAGCACCACUCUCAUUGUUGCUGUUGGUCUUAAAAUGUAGCAUCACUAUCACUGGCACUCCUUUUUUCAGCAACAGUGAAUAAACAUGUGCUGUAUGCUGAUACAAUUUAUAGAAAAUUGUAAUAAUAAAACACCAAGGUAGAAGCUAUUCAUUUAAUGUACUGUACUGUGCACAUACAAAGUACUGUAUAUAAACUAAAAACAUCGAGGUAUUGGGCAAAUUAUUCAAUGAGAUCAAAUUAUAAUGAACUGUUUCUCACAAAGUUUCAGGACUUGACAAGUUGUGUGGUAGAGAGGAUGACCGCCACUGUCUAAUUUACAUGGUUACUGCUCAUUUGUAAUUACAGUCAGUAUUUAGAGAAGAAAUAUUUUAAAUUAAUCUCUUGUACUGUGUCAGCACAUAUCUAUGUACACAAUACAACUUUCAAUGCUCUAUAUAUCUGUAAUUAGAAAUGCAGUGCAAUUUUUUUAUUCAGAACUGUUAAAUAUUUUCCAUUUUAUUGUAUAUAAAUUGCCGUUUAUAGUGGCACUCAAUUGUGUAUUCCGCAUCAGUGAUUGAUUACAGGCCACACUUUAUUGAAGAAUAAAUUUAGCACUUUUAUUAAAUAUAUACUCUACUAUGGGUUCUUGGAGUGCAUACAUAUACUGUCCAAAAGCUGUUUUGGUCCCAAGCAUUCUGGAUUCCUGAUGCUCAAGUCUCAUAUAUACAGUAUAUAUAUAUAUAUAUAUAUAUAUAAAUAUAUAUAUAUAUAUAUAUAUAUAUAUAUAUAUAUAUAUAUAUAUAUAUAUAUAUAUAUAUAUAUAUAUAUAUAUAUAUAUAUAUAUAUAUAUAUAUAUAUAUAUAUAUAUAUACUGUAUAUCAUAUUUAGGAUGUUCUCCAGAUACUUUCACCCAUCAGUAGUAAUGACCAAUAUAACCUGAAAGUUCUGACCCUAAGUGACAAAUUUCAGUUUUAUAAAAUACUCUUUAUUCAAACCUAGCACUGUAAUGUAAUGUACUCGUAUAUAAACUCAUAUUUUUAUCUUACAAAAAAUUGACUAAAACUUAUCCUGAUGUAAUUUACAAGAAGGGCAAAAUAGUAAAUUAUUAUUUAUAGAGUAAGACUUUAUUCAUAACGUCUAACAAGCAAAAGGUUUUUUUUGUUCAACUAUAUAAAAAACAAACAGCUUGGUAAUUCUUUGAGGUAAGCGACCUUUUAAAUAAAAAACAAGGCAAAAACUUCUUUUUAAACAAAUUGAGGUACCACAGUUUCUUAGUGGUCUUGAAAAUUAAAAACAAAACAAAUGCCAACAAUGCAGAUAUGAAUCGUGCCACAAAUUUCUUAGUAUCCAGUCUUCAAAUUUCAGCAGCCUUCAUCAUUCAGGCUUUGACAUAUGACAUCAUUGCAAUACUUCUUCAGUAUAGUAUCUGUCAACUGGAAAUCUAUUUUACGAAAGAUUUGAGCAUUCAAAAUAAGAAGUUAGGGAGACAUCUACUACUUGUCUUCAGGUGUGUUUGAGGAGUAAGUUUUAUGGUGAUUGUAGGAGAUUGACAUACAGUAUUGAAAGUUAUAUUGCAGAUUUAUUAACAUUGAAAAUGUUAGGGAAGUGAAUUAGUGUAUUUAAAGGUACAGUAUUUUCAGAAACGAAUAAUAUAUCAAAACUGACACAAGUAUUGUACUGUACCUGUACUAUGGUUUAUUACAUGUUUUCCUUGGACACACAUUCAAGAUAGUAUCACUUCGCAUAUUUAUCCAUUUUACGGAAGCCUCUUAGUCCCAAAAUUCUCCGUUGACAGAUACUUUACUGUAGUACUAUUACCACUACUGUAUCACCAUGUCAGAGAAUUAAAAAUGUGAAGAUACAGUAAACUGUAAGUCAUUCUUAAGAUUAAAAACACCGUCUGCAUUGCGUAAUAGAAAAAUAUUUUGCAUUUUCGUCCAGGUAUCAUUUGUGGCAUAUUUAUAUUGCAUGUUGUUGCAUAUGCUUGUAAAUAUAAUCUAAUUUAAAAUUGUCUAAUGAUGUUUGUUUUAGCAGUACUUCUUACAAGGUACUGUACUGUCAAAACCUUAUAUUGUGCUGUUUUAUUCAGUAAUUUGUAUUAUUUCGGUGGGUUUAAGUCAUUAUUACAGAGGAUUUACAGUCCUACUGUAAGUUUAAUUCAGCAAUACACUGUGAAGUAAUUGGAUGUUAUUCAGUAAUCUUAUAGUUGUUCUUGUCAUCAGUGAAGAUGAACAUUACAGUAUAUGUACAGUACUGUACUCAAAAUAUUUUACAAAUUUAAUUAGAGCUGGUUCUACUCCACUGCACACACAAACACACACACACACACACACACACACACACACACACACACUAUUGUAAUUUGAGUCAUCACUUGCAUAUUUCAGGGGACCAUUAUCAUAUUUAAGUUUACAAGAAUUAUUUCAUCCAGAUAACAUCAAGUGUAAUACAGUAAUGCCUCGGUAACAAACUAAGCUCAGGCAUGACGACAGCUGUACGAGCAGAGGCUUAGACUAUGGACAGUGACACAUAUAACCAGAGUUUUUACAAAAAUUAAAGGAUUUUCUUAGUAUCCUCUCUUAUCCAUUAAUGACUUUGAACUUGUUGCCAUUUCUUGCCAUUACUUAGCCUGUUUAUAAAUUUUUUAAUACAUGUUAGUUUUUUUUUUUUUUUUUAAUUGCAAUAUAAAUUGUUUCAUCUCUCCACACUAUUUAUUUGAAGAUCUUAGUCAAACCCAACUUAUUGGUACUGUACCCCUAUGUCUACCCAAACUACCAUUUGUGAGUUCCUAUCAUUGUUCAUGUUAAAUAAUUUCAAGGAACAAAAGUUUUAGUGUGGCCUUCUCUAUAUAUUUUUUUCUGAUUAAUAUUCAUAUUAGUGUAUAAAAGUACCAUUAAGCUUAUUUAUACAACUAUUGGGGUCUAGGAUGUCAAUAUUGCUGGUUAUGCUUAGACUCUUGUGUCCUGUCCAAGUCUUGUGACUAAUUUAGGAAUCAUCUUCACAGACAAACGGUCACAAGAGCAUGAGGAAUAUAUAUCUCAUAAUAGUCACAAGAGUACUUCUAUUUUUAAUAUAUUUUGAACAUUGGGGUUUUACUUAUUUGAUUAUGAAUUUUGUUUUAAAGUGUCUGCCUGUGCAUUAUGUACAGGCAUAUCCCAAUAACCGACAUAUGUAGGAACCAUGAAAAGUCAUUGGUUAGUGAAUCAACGGUUAUCGAAGCAAUUAAUCCCAUGAGAAUAUAACAAAUUCAGGGGGUUAAGGACUGGCCACCCCCAAAAAUCUCCCUUACAACCUUGAUACAUCUCUGUCGUGUACACUGUCAAGCAAAAAAAUAAAACACCCAUAUAAAACUAGUAUAAUAAAGAUUAAGUAAGUAAUGUAAAGCAUAAAUUGAGACAGUUUUACCUGUGUUGAGGAUGGUAGAGAUGGUCUAGGGUGGCAAGUCUACCAAUCUUUGCUGUCCAUCACCACUCUAAUUACUCCUUAUUGCAUCACAUCAAGCUGCAGCACGAGAGAAACUAUCACUGGGACGUAUAGGCAUGAUUGCAUAAAACACGAAGUCCGAAAACACAUGAAGUCGGAGACACACAGUAAGCGUAAACAAGAGCAGAGGGGUGGGAAGGAGUCAAAGGCAGUGCCCUCUCGUGGCAAGAAUUCACACCACGCCACCGCCUGCCAAAUUCAAAACAGCUCUGCCACUCCUCUCCCAAUCAUUGGUUCUCCGGGUAUCAACGAAAGUUGUGGGGUAUGUCCCCUUUAUGUAAUCAUCAGUUAUGCAAAUCGGCGGUUAAUGGAGCGUCGGUUUUUGGGGUGUACCUGUACUGCAUUAUGUAUUGCCACCAGUUAAAUUCUGCAACUAAUAUGACAAGCUGUUGAAUAAACACAAAAAAUAUAUAAAAAGUUCCUUUUCUGAGAGGUGAAAUGUUGAAAGUUAUUGUAUUAUAUGUAAUCUUUUAAAUUUAUUGUACAUUUUAAACUUAAGAGCAUUUUAGUACAGUUGCGGAUAAUGAAAAGUGCAAUGAAACAAACAGUAUGGCUCAACAGAUUGAGCCAGUGUUAGUGUUUGUUAAGUAAGUGGGCCAUGUUUACGGUGUACAAGUCUUUCUGCAAGCAAAGACCAAGUUAUAUACAUGACUAUGCUUUUAGUACAGAUAAAAAUAUAUGACAAAGUCUCUUGUCAUUCUAUAACAUUCCAGUUAGUACAGUAUUGUUUUUAGUACAGAAGUCCAUCCGUCAGGAAUAUUAUUUGUCGAUGCCUUUGUGGUUAGCUAAUCUAAUGCCUGUGCUUGAAUGUUGGAAGCCAUUACUCUCUUCAUAGUCAUCAAUUGUACCAUAUCCAUUGUAUUUAUUUGAGUAAUGUAAGCUUCAGUUUGCAGGCUUCCCUUAGACAUGAUACAGUAUACAUUAUGCAAGUAUAUAUAUUAUUGUUACAGCAUCAUAUACACAUCAGUUCCAAUCUUUUCAGUCUAACUUGGGAUUUGUCAGCCAUUAAACAACCAUGAUGAAAUACCUUAGAUGCAAUGAUAUGCUUCAGAGUAUGUGGUUGGCACUUGAACCCAUUGGGACGAUUACUAGGAUACCAUCUGAUCAGUUGUUUUUCUUAGCAGAUAUUAUAGUAUUAUUGCGAAGUUGACCAGGGAUUUUUUUUUAUGUUAAUGUAAGUCACAUUUGAAAAUUCCGAUCAUAUAGAAUGGAUUUCUGAAGCAAUUUAAUGUGCAUGCUUGUAUACCAACAUCUUUAUUAUUGAAGGCAUGUCUGAAUCAUGAUUACUCAAAAUAUCAGAUUGUUAGUACUGUAGCAUGCCUUGUGCUUUUUUUCUUGUGUGUAAAGGAAAUUUUAAACAUCUAAUUUGGGCCAUGUUAUGUAAGAGUGCAGUACAGUGUAAACCACAAAGAGAACAAGUUAUUAUUGAAAUCUGAUGACUGGAAUAAUCAAGGCAGUAAAAGGUCUUUGUAAUGAAGACAUUGGUGAACAUGUUUUUAGUUAUGUUGGGUAAUGCCAUUGUUUGGAGAUCUGCACAUCACAAAAUAUGGCAUCUCUGAAUUCCAACCACCAAUUUCUUUUAUUUAUUUAUUUAUCUUAUUUUUUUGGUAAAAGACCAUUUUUUUUGCCUUGAUUAUGUUUAUAAUUUGGAUACUCAUUACUUUAUUCAUGACUUAAGAUUUAUUUAAAUAGAUAAUUUUCAUGUGCAAAUAUACCAAGGAAUUGAAUGUUUCUUAA